AUGGAGGCGGAAAUCCAGGCACAGAUCCCUGGCCUGGAUCACGUUAUAUCCGAAUACUCGGUGGGCUACCUGACACAUGCCUCAAAUCUUUAUGUGGAGGAUGCCAAUGCUCAGUCCCCGUUAGCGGAAGCCGCCGAAACGGUGACGGAACUGCUGGUCUCUGCUUCUGGGGAUUUCUCCCCUCAGAACCAAGAGGCGAUUGGCAACCUCGUCGAAAAGUUCAUUACCGGACUGAGCUCCUCAGAUGGUGUCGAUCCGGAGCGAAGGCAGAUGCCCUUCACGGCCAAAAAGCUGGACCAGGCGAUCAGUGUUGGCUCCCAACGGAAUAUGUCCUCCACUUUGGGAUUGACUGGAGGCAACGUGGACUUGGAGUCUGCCAAUGCUAGAAAGGUCGAAUCGCGUGUGGAUCGAAAGAAACUUGAAAAGGCUGAACGCAAGAUUCGCGCCAAGCAGGAGAAGAAGCAGAUGAAGACUGUCCACUACGAGUCCUCCCGCUUGCUUAACCAGCCGGAUGAAGCAAUGUCCUAUGAGGAGUUCUUUAUGGCUGUCAAUCCUCUUCAACUGGGCUCCGAGUCUCAAUCCAAGAGCAAGGAUAUCAAACUCGACAACAUCGACAUUUCGAUCAGCGGCAAACGUAUUCUGUCUGAUGCUGCUUUUACGCUCUCUUAUGGGCGUCGCUUUGGUCUUGUGGGUCAAAAUGGUAUCGGUAAGAGUACGCUCUUACGGGCAUUGAGUCGCAGAGAAAUUGCUAUUCCCACCCACAUCUCGAUUCUUCACGUCGAACAAGAGAUCACGGGUGAUGACACCCCGGCACUUCAAGCUGUCUUGGAUGCCGAUGUAUGGCGGAAGCAUCUUCUCGCUGAACAAGAGAAAAUCACAAAACAUUUGCAAGCCAUUGAAGAUGAGAGGUCUUCGAUGGCAGACACCUCAAAAGAUGCUGCCAGGUUGGAUCACGAAAGGGAAGGCUUGGAUAUCACUCUGAGUGAUAUUUACUCCAAGCUCUCUGAGAUGGAAUCCGACAAGGCAGAGUCUCGUGCGGCUAGCAUUUUGGCUGGUCUUGGAUUCUCCCAAGAAAGACAGCAAUACCCGACCAGGACUUUCUCUGGAGGAUGGCGAAUGAGAUUGGCAUUGGCACGGGCUCUGUUCUGCGAGCCAGAUCUUCUUUUGCUUGACGAACCCUCGAACAUGUUGGACGUCCCGUCUAUUACUUUCCUAUCCAACUACCUGCAGUCAUACCCGAGCACCGUUCUGGUGGUCUCCCACGACCGUGCGUUCUUGAACGAAGUUGCAACGGAUAUUAUCCAUCAACAUUCGGAGAGACUGGACUACUACAAGGGAGCCAACUUUGAUGCAUUUUACGCAACCAAGGAGGAGCGAAGGAAGAUGGCGAAGCGCGAGUACGAGAAGCAAAUGGCCGAAAGAGCACACUUGCAAGCUUUCAUUGACAAGUUCCGAUACAACGCCGCCAAGUCCUCCGAAGCUCAGUCACGAAUCAAGAAACUGGAGCGCAUGCCGGUUCUUGAAGCUCCUGAGGGAGAAUAUGUUGUGCACUUCCAGUUCCCCGAAGUUGAGAAGCUCUCGCCCCCUAUUGUCCAGAUGUCCGAGGUUUGUUUCGGCUACACCCCGGACAAACCCCUUCUCAAGGAUGUCGACCUUGAUGUUCAGCUAGACUCGCGUAUUGGCAUUGUUGGACCCAACGGUGCCGGUAAAACUACCGUGCUAAAACUGUUAACCAACCAACUCCAGCCGACCAAGGGUCUGAUCUCGGCUAACUCGAGACUACGUAUUGGGUUCUUCGCCCAACACCACGUGGACGCCUUGGAUAUGACUACUAGUCCAGUCAGUUUUAUGGCGAGAACAUACCCCGGCAAGACCGAUGAGGAGUACCGGCGUCACUUGGGCGCGUUUGGUAUCACCGGCAUGACGGGUCUCCAGCGGAUGGAGCUUCUAUCCGGAGGUCAGAAAUCGCGUGUGGCCUUUGCCUGUCUCUCCCUGACCAACCCUCAUAUCCUGGUUCUGGACGAGCCCUCUAACCACUUGGAUAUCGAGGGUAUGGAUGCGCUUUCCGAAGCGCUGCAGAGAUUCGAGGGAGGCGUGGUGAUGGUAUCACACGAUGUGACCAUGCUGCAGAAAGUCUGUACUAGUCUCUGGGUCUGCGACAAGGGCACCGUGCACAUGUUCGAUGGCAACGUAAAGGCCUAUAAGAAGAUGAUCACUGAGCAAGCUGAUGCGGCCGGUGUCGCGGCUCCUCAGUCAAUAAACCCAUGCGACGGUAUGGAGUUUCAUUCCGCAUCUCCCGAUGCCACCGAGCUUUAUGCCAUGGCAUUAGGUGACGACCAGGACCUUUCGGGUCCUCACGCUCCAUUGCUCGCUUCUCAUGCCUCUCCUGAUCACAACGUCGACACACCUACGCCUGAACGACAGUACUCCGGUGGCUGGUUUAUCUGGGCUCUGACGUUUUCAGCUGGCAUCAGUGGUCUUUUGUUUGGAUAUGAUACUGGCGUCAUUUCUUCCACCCUGGUCACUGUCGGCCCAGACCUUUCGAAUCGGCCCCUGACAACCCUCGAUGAAAGCCUGAUCACGUCUUGCACUAGUCUUUUCGCCUUGGUUGCGAGCCCAUUUACCGGGAUUUUAGCCGAUAAGCUUGGUCGUCGGAGAGUCAUCCUCGGUGCAGAUGUCCUGUUUGCUCUUGGGGCAUUAAUCCAGGCGUUUACGAGCCAUGUGUGGGGUAUGAUUGCUGGGCGGAGCAUUGUUGGGCUUGCAGUUGGCAGUGCAAGCGCAGUAACUCCAUUGUAUAUAUCUGAGUUGGCCCCAUCGCAUGCAAGAGGCAGGCUUGUCACCAUCAUGUGCCUUCUCAUUACAGGCGGCCAAGUUGUGGCAUACAUUGUCGGCUGGCUAUUUUCUCAUGCAUCCGGAGGCUGGCGAUGGAUCGUGGGUCUCGGGGCACUGCCGGCCUUUCUGCAGUUUGCCACUCUCACGGCUCUGCCAGAAACUCCGCGGUGGCUCAUCCAGGCUGGAUUCGAUGCCCGCGCAAAGACAGUUCUGACUCGGAUUUACCAAGAGUGUCCUGGGUGUAAUCAAGUCGUGGAGCAAGUUAUGUGUGAUAUUCGAGGGGAGAUUUCCCAAGAGGUAUUGUUGUCGAGGCAGGCUAUAUCCUCGGGCACCAAGUUUCAGUGGUUACAUGAUGCCACCCAGCGCGCCCAAGACCUAUUCCAUGAUCAUGGCAAUCGGAGAGCACUGACAAUAGCAGUGAUGCUUCAGGGGCUGCAGCAAUUGUGUGGAUUCAAUAGCCUGAUGUAUUUCUCUGCUACUAUCUUCAAGGUGCUUUCGUUCUCCUCGCCAACAUUAACAGCUCUCUCGGUGGCUUUGACAAACUUUGUCUUCACACUUGUUGCGUUUGUGCUGAUUGAUAAGAUUGGCCGGCGACGCAUUUUGCUGUACUCGAUCCCUGUGAUGAUACUCGCUUUGGUUGUCUGCGCCUUCUCGUUUUCCUUGUCAGAACUCACCUGGAAUUCUCACUCUUCAACCAGUCGCCACGAUGCUGACAAAACCCACAAUUCGCUUGUACCGCUUUCGAUCUUGCUGUGCAUGAUCGUCUACACAGCAGCCUAUGCAUUUGGGCUCGGCAAUGUUCCAUGGCAGCAGUCCGAGCUAUUCCCUCUGAACGUGCGUUCACUAGGUUCUGCCUUGGCCACGGCAACGAACUGGGGCUCCAAUUUUAUUGUUGGUUUGACAUUUUUGCCUCUGAUGGAAUGGAUCUCUCCCACGUGGACCUUUACUCUCUAUGCCAUUGUCUGUGUGGCUGGAUGGGUUGCAGUGUGGGCGAUCUACCCUGAGAUGAGCGGGCUGGAAUUGGAAGAAGUCAAAGGUCUACUCGCAGAUGGUUGGGGAGUCACGGAAAGCUUACGACAAUGUGUCCAGAGGCACCAAUAA